CGAAGCCCAAAAUUGCUUGAGUUCUUUCAUCUUGGAGCUCUCUUGGUCGUGGGCGGCACCCUCCCCUCUCCUCUCUCCUCCCCUCUCAUCAUUACGUGUCGCUCCGGCCACUCCCGCCUUUUACAGCUCUCCCACUGAAACUUCUAUCCAUAGCUUAUCUAUUGACUUUUCAGCUGCCAAGGUGGCUUUGCUUCUUCGCCUUCUCCUCCAAAAAGCAGAUUAGCAGAGUAUCACAACAUAAAUCUUGCCUCAACCUCAAAAGAAAAACUCGUCAAAACCAUCAUCUGAAAGCAACAUCAACACCAUGGGUUUGGAUCAAUCAAGACCGUUGAAUCAGUGGGACAGCGCCAAGGUGAGCGCCGCAAUGGAAAACCUUGGGGGUCAGUACAAGCCUUACGCUGCCUCUGUGCUGGAGAAUGGUGUGGAUGGGGCGUUCCUGGCUGGGCUAGGCAGUGCUGAAUUUCAAGAGACCAUGGAUGAUUUGAAGAUCACUUCGCGGUUACACCGUCGCGUGCUGACCAAGAAGCUGACGAUGUUGAACGAUUCUGGCAUCAGCGGCGGGGACGCUUGCACGGUUGUCUCCCAGGAUAUGACCGUCUCCACGGUGGAUAUGACGGCUUCUAUGACGGCUUCCUCGGUCAGUCUUCUCAUGUCUCCUUCCGAUUGCAACACGCCGGUGGACCACUGCCGCCGCAGACAGAAUCGUCGUCGUGCCAACCGCCGACGAAGCCGAAGUCGUCCCAGGAUUCCGUCGGAUCUCGAAGAAGACAAGAGCGAGUCCUUCAUGAUGUCCUCCUCUGCCAUGUGGAUGGAACGGGAACGGAGCGAACGGGAUGCCCUUCUCCAAAGGCGAGCCUCGUUGGAAAAUCAAAUCCAGACUCUGGUCGACGUUCCGGCCAUUCGAUAAGCGCUUCCUAUCUAGCUACCCAAUUGGCUAAAAGAGAAGCAAGUACUGCAGCUCCACUUGUACAUUUAAAUUCUAUUAAAAGUAGUGUCAACAAUC